AUGUCGAACCAAGAAUGUGCCAAUUUGUAUGAAAGAAUCAUUGAUGAUGUUAUACAAGAGUCCAGACAGGACUUUGAGGACUCCGGAAUAGAUGAACAGACACUAUUGGACUUGCGGAAUAUAUGGAAGGAGAAACUUUCAAAGACGAACGUUGCGAAAUUCAGCUGGGAUAAGAAAAGAGAGGAGGAAGAAGCGAAAGAAAAAGCGUUAGAGGCACAAGAACAGGCUCUAGAAACAAGUACAAGCAUAGGUGCGCCAUCAGUAGGCAUGAAUGGAACUUCAGAUACAAAUGAAUACGCAAUAAAGGCAGAAGAAGCGAAAACUUCACCACAAGCACAGAAUAUUGACGGCAAUACAACAUCUAAGCCGGAAGAAAACGGCACCGCAAACCUUGAAACACAUAAUAUAAUACUUCCUGGAGGUGGAGCUGCGGGUUUGGGGCAAACCGACGGUAGCUUACCGACGGAAAUUGAAAUCACAAUCGACGAUGUUCCUACAAAUUUACGAAGAAAGCUUGCUGAGCAGAGGAGGAAAUCUAGAAAGCACAAAAAACGGAGUUUGUUGAGGACGGCAAGCCAGGCAGAUGGGGCUAACGAUGAGCAAUCAGACGAUUCAGCAGAUGAUUCCGACUUAGGUUCGGAUUUGGGUAUUGAUUCUGAUGAGAUUAAUUCGGAUUUGGACGAUCCGGAGUCUGACGACAUCAACUCUGAUGAAGAUAACGACAAUCCGGAGGCUAACAUCAUGCUAUGUCUUUAUGAUAGGGUUCAAAGAGUGAGAAAUAGAUGGAAAUGCAGUUUGAAAGAUGGAAUUGCAAACAUCGAUGGCCAGGAUUACGCUUUUCAGAAGGCCACGGGCGACUCCGAAUGGUAA